AUGGACGGACCGCCACCACCUCCUCCGCCGCAUGGUGAAAAGCCCCAGACCACCGACGGUGAAUACCGAAAAUCAUCCGAUCUGCCGCAAGGCAACUACGAUAUCUUUAUUGUCCCACCCCACUCCGCCGGUGCUGGCUUCGUCUAUCUCCCCUCUCUGCAAUGCAACCAAAACAGUUUCAUCGCUGGCGUCGCCAGUACGCUGUUAGUGGUUGCGUUAUGGUCCAUUAUCUCUCCGAUAUUCAGAUCGUGGUACAUUGCGACUUUCUACCCUAGCCCCAUCCUUGGUGGUGGCAGUAACAUAGUUCUGAUCUCGAGUAUUGGAUUUGGUGUUGCUGGGUGCAUAUUCGGCGCAUUCCAGUGGAAAGUGGGCCGUGGAAGUGGGUUUGAUGAGGGUAAAGGAUCCAACCCCAAACCCCAAUCAUCAGGCCAUCGCCAUGAUGAAUCAAACUUCCAUAGUCACCAGCAACAACACCAACAGGACAGUGGGAAUUUCAAUCAGCAAUCAAAAGAAGACCAACAUCAGGAUGCCUCCGAAAAAGGUCCAAAUGAUGCCGAGAGGGAGAGGGAGCGCGAGCGCGAGCGUGAGCGUGAGCGUGAGCGGGAAGAAGCAAAGCGCAAAGAGGAGCUUCGUAAAAAGAUGGAUGAAUUCAAGCGCAAGCGAGAGGCAGAGGCAAAGGAGAAGGAGAGAGCACGCGAAAGAGAAAAAAUGGAGAAGGAGCUAAAAGAACGCCAGGCCCACGAGCGUUUGGAGAAGGAAGCUUUCGAAGCUCGCGUUAAACAAGCGAAGGAAGUUGCCGAAGCCCGUGCCAAGGCGGCAAAGGCUGUCGCUGAGGCAAAGGCAGAAGCCGCAAGGCUGGCAGCAGAGGCAGAGGAGAGGGCUGCCAAAGACGCGGCAGAGAAGGAAGCUGCAGCAAAGGCUGCGGCCCAGAAGGAGGCCAUGGCUAAGUUCGCUGCUCUCAAAGAGGCAGCAACAAAGCGGUACGCAGAGAAGAAGGCGGAAGAGGAAAGGGAGAACGCAAAGGCCAAAGCUGCAAGCGCGAAGACACCGAGUGCAUCGAGUCCUCGAACACCUUCGCCCACGAAACCGCCGCCUUUCCCAACCGCGAGAACAACCGUUGAAGAUGACGACCAGACAUAUGUCUUUCGGCCUUACGAUCGACCUCGGAGGCCAUAUGCAGGCUCAUCGGCUUACUCCGAAUCAUCAUAUGCCCCAUCUCAGUCAACAGCUCGUACAACACCUCCCCCAUCAAAUCGGGGUACAUACUCUACGAAGGAUCCUGACAAAAUCGUAAUUCAGGGUGUGUACGCCUUCAACAAUGCCUUCAACAAAACGCCGGUCGCCCAACUCGUCUCCGGCCAAGGCAUGGUGACAGACGGCCUCGUGCUGCGCAUCACAACAGAAGGCUUGUUCAUCGACGACGAAGUCCGCGGAGUUGGACAGCGUGAGUGGGACGUCAAGGCAUGGACGCUCAAGCUGGCUGAGGUGUGGUGUCCCCAAAUGGGCCCUAACAGCUCCAAGCCAGGCUCCAGCAACCCCUUCUCUUUCCGCCGAGGUACGCAAGUGCCCACUAACGAAGAAUCCGAGGCACUCAUCGUCAAUCUGCUCAAGGUCUGCAAGAACAGCUGCCGUCUAGCAUCCCCAAGCAAAAGUUCUGCAGGCCUCCACAUCCUCCGUGCCAGUGUACGGGACCAAGAAGGUAAGCAGUAUGUUUUCGUACUGCCAGAUACUGAAGCCUGGAAGGUAGCUAUCGGUCUUCAGCGUAUUCGCGCCGGUGCUCUCGUUCGCUCUAUGGGUGUCUCCGCCAUGGCUGUUCCUGAGUGCAAGAGGAUCCUAGGUGAGCUUGGAUAUAUGUGA